AUGGCUCCCCCUGAGGUGUAUACACCGGAGGAGGGGGGCCCCCCUUGGGCCUCUCGUGUGGAUUUGCUGCUGCAGCAGCCGCAAGACCUGCAAGCACUUCCUUGCUUCCCUCGUUCACAGCUGCAUCCCUGGGUGCAGCGGCUGCAGCUGCGGGACCAGCAGCAGCAGCAGCGGCAGCAGCUUCUGCUGCAGCAGCAAACCACAGGCCCUGCAACCUUGUUCGCCCUCGCAUACAGCAGCAGCAGCAACAGCAGCAGCAGCAAGGAUUCUUACUCAGCAGCAAACCGAGCAAGUGGGACCCCCAUCUACAAGAGGGAGGAAGCAGCAGCUUCAGCAGCAGCAACGCUGGCAGCAGCAACACCUGCGGCUGCAGCAGCAGCAACAGCAGGCACAUCAGAAGGAGCAGUGGAAGACCCUCACCCAGCCGCUGCAUCCCCCCCAGCAGCAGCAGCAGCAACAGCAGCAGGGGGUCCUUCAGCAGCUCGGGUGUAUCCUGAGCUGCUGCGAGGUUACAGCAGCUUCGCUCUGAGUCAGAGCGGAGCAUUGCUUGCUGCUGCAGCAGCAAAAGAUAUUCAGAUUUUUGCUGUAGAUACCUUGGCUUUGUACGCUUACAUUCAGCUGCAGGUCCCUUGCAGCAGCUGCUGCUGCAGCAGCAGCUGCUGCUGCUGCAGUAAGCAGCAACGAGCAGCAGCAGAAGAAAUGCACAGAAACGGUAACAGCCCAACAGCAGCAGCAGCAGCAGCAGCAGAGCCUACGGAGCUGCCAACACCCUCUAGCUCAAAUGAUGGAGCAAUGGACUCGUCGCAGCAGCAGCAGCAGCAGCAGCAACAGCAACAGCAGCAGCAGCUGCAGCCAGUGCAGCAGCUGGAUUUUGUUGCAGCAGACCGGGCGCUGUUGGUGCUGACGAGUUGCUGCCGCCUAUUCCUCUACUCGCUGCUGCAGCAGCAGCCAGCGUUGCUGCUGCAGCUGGAUCUUCACCAGGUGUACGUACAGGUAAUCCCCGCCCUGGGGCUGCAGCAGCAGCAGCAGCAGCAGCAGCAAAAGCAACAACUCCAGCUCUUGUCUAAACGCAGCAAAAGCAGAGAUGACUGGGACGAAACGGAUGAUGAUACAGACCAACAGCAGCAGGAGCAGCAGCAGCAGCAGCAGGAAGAGGAAAGUGAGGACCAGCAGCAGCAGCAGCAGCAGGACGCUGAUAAUGAGCGGCCACAGCAGCGACAAGAACAGCAGCACGAUAUGCAGCAAGAGCAGCAGGAACAGCAACAGCUCAAGCUGCAGGAACAGCAGCAGCAAGAGCAACAGCAGCAGCAGCAGCAGCAGCAAAUGGAGGGUCUCUCCGGGCGUGGGGCUGCAUCUCCCGCGGGUGACGGCGAUGGAGGCCUAAGGGGAAAGCUGAGCAGCAGCAGCAGCAGCAGCAGCAGCAGCAGCCGCAGCAGCAGCGAGGGGCAGGUUUGCAGCAAAGAGCAGCAGACGGCAGACUCAGCAGCAGCAACUGCAACUGCUGCUGCUACUACUACUGCUGCUGCUGCUGCAGAGAAUGAGAGAGUAAAAAUCUGCUGCUUGCAGCUGCUGUCUCUGCUGCUGCCUUCUGCUGCUACGACAACAGCAAGGCGAGCCGAUGGUGCUUGGCGUUUUGCCGUUGCUGCUGCUGCAGCAACAGCACGCGCAGCAGAAGCAGCAGCAGCAGCAGCAACAACAACAACAACAGUCACUGGUGCUUCUGCUGCUCCUACGGGUGCAUCGGUGGAAGCCUCGAAACAAAACAACGAAUCCGCAGCAACAGCAGCAGCAGCUGCAGCAGCAGCAGCAGCAGCAACAGCAGCAGAUCUAGAGACAUUGUCGGGUGAGGGGCGUAUGGUUUUAAUUGUCUCUUUUGCUGCUGAUCCUCGGUCUGAAGCAGAGAGCUGUACGUACACCGCACCGCUGCUGCUGCAUUUUGCAUUGCGGCCUCAGCAGCUGCUGCUGCAGUAUCUGCAGCAGCAGCUGCUGCGGCACCACCGGCAGCAGCAGCAGUUACUGCAGCAAGAACCGGGUUUCCCUCAGCUGUUUGAUUUGUCUUCAUUGGCGCUGCUGCCUCCUUCUUGCUGCUGCUACCGUGCAGAGCCGCUGUGGGGUCGAUGCGGCGAGCUGCUGCCUCCCCGCAGCAGCAACAGCAGCAGCAGCAGCAGCGGCAACAGCAGCAGCUGCAGCAGCAGCGACCGGUGGUCUCUCUCUGGGCGCAGCAGCAACUUUCCCUUUUGCUGCUUCACUCGAAGGCCUCCAGACCAACUGAGGCUGCAGCUGUUCCCUAUCCAGCAGCAGCAACUGCAGCAGCAGCUGCAGCUGCUGCUGUUGCAGCAGCAACAGCAGCAGCAGGAUGUUGAGGAGCUUGUGGCUGUUUGUUCGGCAGCUGGCAGUAUGUGGGUGUUGCGGUUGCUGCAGCCGGACUGGCAGCAGCAGCAGCAGCAGGAUCAGUCGGAGCCGCAGCAGCAGCAGCAGCAGCAGCAGCAGCAGCAGCAGGUGGCAGAGAUUGUGGGGUGCGCUCACUUUGCUGCUGCAGCAGGAACUGUUGAGGUGAAGGCGCGGCCUGACGGCGGUUUGCUGCUGCUGCGAGCAGCAGAUAAAAUUGUUGCUGUCUGUGUCUCCCCCAGCACUGGCAAAGCAGCAGCAGCAGCAGCAGAAGCAGAAGAAGCAGAAGCAACAGCAGAAGCAGAAGAAGCAGAAGCAGCAGCAACAGGCGGUGCCCCUGCUGCUGCUACUGCUGCUGCUAAGGGGGAGGAUGACGAGGCAGAAGCAAACGUGUGCACGAACAAAGAGGCGGACCCCUUGGAGCCAGCAGCAAUUGCUGCAGCAGCCACAACUGCAGCAGCAGCAGCAGAAACACCAGCAGCAGCAGAAGCAGCAACAGCAGCAGCAGCGGAAGUGGAAGGCGACGCAUGCGCACAGAGAAAAAGGCCGAGAGAGAACAGCGAAGGCAAGCAGCAGCAGCAAGAGCAGCAGGAGCAGCAGCUGGAGAUGAUGGACGCUGACGGAAGCAGCGGCAGCAGCAGCAGCAGCAGCGGGCAGCUAGAUUCCGGGGAGGAGCCUCACAGCAGGAGACGUAGGCUGCAGCCCCAUGAAGAAGGAACAGCAGCAGCAGCAGCACCAGAAACAACAGCAACAGAAGAUGUAGCAGCAGCAGCAGCAGCAGCAGCAGAUGCACCAGCUGCAUCAGCGGAAGCAGAUGGGCCAGCAGCAGCAGCAGAUGCAGAUGCGCAAGCAACAACGGCAGAAACAGAUGCCCCAGCAGCACCAGCAGCAGCGGCAGCACCAGAAGCCGAAGCACCUGCAGCAGCUGCUGCAACAACAGCGCCAGCAGCAGCAGCAGCAGCAGCAGCAGCAGGAGAGGGUUCAGGGAGCGACGAGGAGUCAUCGGAAGACGAGAGCAUGUGCAUGCAGAGAGGGGCUUCUCUCCCGCUGCAGCUGGUGCUGCAGUUUGUGCAGCAGGACCGAGUGCAGCGUGAGAAAUAUACUGCUUGCUGCUUCAGCAGCAGCAGCAGCAGGGAGCAGCCAUCUGUUGCUGCAGUAUGCGCGAACAGAGGCAGCCAGACGGGGCUUUAUAUGCUAGACUCUGCAGCAGCAAAUGCAAUAGACAGCAUUGGCUGCUUGCUGCAGCAGCAGGGACUUAUGCAGCAGCAGCAGCAGCAGCAGCAGCAGCACGCUGGUCGCUCUUGA